UUACCGCGUCGUAUUACGUUAACCGCUGGUCAGUAGCGCGGUCUUACCCAGGAUGCGGUGCAAUUUAUACCGCUGAAAACAAAUUCAUGGGCUCAGCUUAAUCCAACAUGGCGGUCGGCUCAGAGGAAAACGUAAAAUUGCAUGAAGAAGAGCCUUUUAUCUCAAAUAGCGCAGAUACCUGCUUCUUCUGCAAGAAACAGUUUUCCAAGUACACUUGCCCGCGUUGUAAUGUACGGUAUUGCUCAAUUUCCUGUUACAGAUGUGAAAAACACGUCGAAUGCACCGAAGACUUCUAUCGCCAGAACGUCAUGGAUGCGUUGAAGUUGGACUCGAAUUGUCCGGAUGACCCGGACAGAAUCAUAGAAAUGCUUAAAAGAUUAGAGGAUGAUGGCAAGGGAGAAGGGGACGAGGAAGGCAGUGGACUAGAGGAAAGACUAAGGGAUAUAGACCUUGACAGGGACCCGGAUGCAUUGUGGGACGCACUGGGCAAGGAGGAGCAACAAGGGUUUCUCGCUGCGCUAAAAAGCGGCAAAUUUAGUCAUUCCAUAACAUUGCUUGAGCCCUGGUGGAAGCCGGAAAUAAAAAAGCAUGUAGAAGUCUUACCACCACUUGAGGAAUCAAACCUGGACCAUCACUAUACAACAAGUCUCUCUAAGACUAAAAGUAAAAUCCCUUCCUUAAUAGAUAAAGUUCCUCCCCUGAUGGCAAUCAUAAAGACUGCUCAACCAAACCCAGCUGUAAAGUUCAGCAUUGUAGAUGUGUUAUAUUCAUAUGCUUACACCAUGCGCCUAUACAAUUUCACCCCUCAGGACGACCCCCGGCAGGCAUCAGAAACAUUUCUAGCACUAUCCUCGGUAAUAUCAAAGAACAUCACUUUCCAGAGUACAGACACAGUUGCACACACUAGUUUGAAUAAUUCAAUGGAACAGAAAGAUCUGUUUAACAGUAGAGAGUUCUCAUGUAACAUUCUUCUUGAUGUGGUUGAGAUAAUCAAUGGCUUCACGUCAGAUACAAGUGAGGAAGUGAGUUUUGUUAGUCUCGCAUUAUCAGACUGUCAUCGACUUCUUUCAAGGGGCCUCAAAGCCUUAAGACAAGAACAAGGAGAUAAGGAUUUAGAGAAGAAGCUAUGGCUUGCUAAGAAAAAGGUUGACUUCCUUCUGUCCUGGAGCGAUGAAAAUAUCCAAACUCUACAGUCUGUGGCUUCCUUUAUCCUAGCAAUUCACCACCAAGAGUUGUUGUCUUGUAAAAUGCACUUGACUGAAAAGCAAUCUCUAGAAAAGCGAUGGCGGGGCCCCAACCCACCACCAAGAAAACCACUCAUAGAGGAACUCUGAAUAUAGGUUAUAUAUGUCAAACAUCAUUACAGUAAAGGACGUUUUUUGCAACAAAAUUAUCAAAAACCAUCACUAAGUUUGAGACCAAAACUAGCAUAAUAAAAUAGUGUGACUAGU